AAUAAAAACCCCGCGCUUCUCAUUUUUUCUCUUCGGCCUUUCCGUCUCCCAUUUCAGUCCUGCUCUAACCCUAAAUUUCUCUUCACUCUCCGUUUGGGUUUCGGCGAGAUUAAACGCAGGAAAAUCGCAAACUUAACUGAUCAUUUCAUCCCUAGGUUUCUCAGCUACCAAACACACCCGUUUUUUGAGAGGUUAUGGAUACAUCAAAACCUGCGAUUUUUGUCAACGGGGCACUUUUGCCGAUGCACGUUCGAAAGAGGGUCCGGACUGUGAUUCAAGUUGUGGGAGCUGAUCGUGGAGCAGUAGUUGGAAAAUCCCCGGAUGAUCUCCAGCUUGUUGUAAAAGGCUCUCCGCCAUCUGCUCCUCUUACAAAUUUUGUUGAGGUUAUUGGCAUUGCUGACAGUGAAAAAUCAAUCCAGGCUGAGAUAUGGACCAACUUUGGGGAUGCAUUUGAUACAUACAACUACAAUCAGCUGUGUCAGCUUGCAAAUGGGGAAUAUCAGCACUUAUUCCUCUGAGGUAUGGUGGCCAUGUUUUGUCUAGAAGCUGGAGGUUCUUUUGGCCCUGAUGUAGCUAAGCGGAAGAUGUUGAUGGGCAAAGUAAAUCAUGUAGUAGUUUUUAUCAGUCUUUAGAGAUUGCUUGAACCUGUUUUUUGGUCCGUGUAAACAUCAGUAAAGUUGAGUGUAGAAGCUCAUAUUUUGCUGAGCACCAGCAAAAAAAAUUUCUCGUUAUUUUCUGCGCCUUUGACAGCAAAGAAACGGGUGGUAUUGAUUAUAUAAAAGAAAUUAACCUACGGCAUGGUUUUGAUCGUCCUAA